CAGCCGAGCGGACUCUUUCAGAGACGGACGCCUCUUUCAGCCCAUCCGCAGGCGAGAGAAGGUUAAAGCCACCAAUGGAAAGCACCGGGGGACGGAGGAGAGAGCAGCCGCCGACUUGAUUACCCCAGCGGUGGAGCCAGGAGAGGCACAUCUGGGCAGCUGCCAGAGGCGGGUGGAAGUGGGGAGGAGUGUAAUGGGACUGGAGCAUCCUUCCCAGGCAACAGCUUGAGCUUUUCCUAGUUAUUGAGAAAAGAACGAGAUCACCCGCACGUCCACAUCCUUGACUAAGGGAGAAGUGUGAACGGAGGAGCAAAACAAGUUGCAAAGAAACAGACCAAGUUCGGGGAAAAGAUGGGGAAUUUUAAAGGUCAUGCACUUCCUGGGAGUUUUCUCCUUCUGUUUGGCUUGUGGUGGUCUGUGAAAUAUCCAUUAAAAUACCUCUGUCGAAAGAAAAAGAACUCAUCUUCCAUUGGUUCUAAGGCAGGAUUUCAACGCUUAGAAUUUACUGAGGGCAUCAUCAAAGCUGUCUUUGCUCUUAUUGGUAUGAUUGCCGAGCAGUUUGUUCCAGAUGGACCAUAUCUGAAACUGUAUAAUUAUGAAAAGAAGCAAUGGGAUCACCUAAUGAACUGGCAGCAUGCAACCAUGUAUCUCUUCUAUUGCAUCUCAGGGCUGGUAGACGUUGUGUCGCACAGCACUAAUGCAUUACCGGUAGCUUUCGAUAGGAUGAUGCUUUCACUCGCUGUUUUUGUAGAAGGUUUUCUGUUUUAUUACCACAUCCAUGGGCGAGCUAUGUUAGAUCUCCAUGUUCAUCAGUUACUUUUAGUGGCCAUAUUUGGAGCAGCAGUCUGCAUAUUCUUGGAAGUCUUUUUCCGUGGCAUCAUUGUCCUUGAAAUGUUCCGAACAAGUCUCUGUAUACUGCAAGGGAGCUGGUUCUGGCAGAUCGGAUUUGUACUUUAUCCUCCAAGUGGGAGUCCAGAAUGGAACCAAAUGGAUCACAAUAAUAUAAUGUUCCUCACAAUGUGCUAUUGCUGGCAUUAUGCAUUUGCACUUCUUAUAAUGGCUGUGAAUUAUACUGUAGUGAGCUGGGUGGUUCGUUCGAAAAUAAAACAAGCCCCAACAAUGGAAAUUGGAUUAUUGAAAACAUCUGAUCGAGACCAGGAAUCGGAAGAUGAGAUCUAAUUCAGCAUAAAUAUUUUCUUAUAGUUUGCUAUCUAUUUCUUCCAUUUCUGAACUGUAAUGGUGUUGUUUACCAUAUAAUUUAGACUUACACAAUUGGUGCAUUAAUUUAUUAAAUUUACAUUUCUGCAUUGUUUAUCCUAUACUCGAAGGAGAAAGAGAACAUUUUACUGUUGAAUAGGCUGGUGGUGGCAUUGUCAAGUAAAAAUCAGUUCAGGCCAUUAAUAGAUUAUGAGCCUAUUCUUUCAUUGCUCUUGGGCAAAUUUCCACACAUGGCAAGCAACCACAAUCCUACUGUUGCAGAAAUCUGAUAGUAUCCACCAUAAAACCAACCAACCAAUCAAUAAAUUAUAUAUAUCUCUUUUUAGCUAUUAAGAAUAAUUUGUAGUCUAGCUUCCAAGGUGUAUGUUGCAAAUUUACAUUUGCAAUGGUUAUUACUUUGUCUGUUCUUAUUUAUUAUCAGGUAUGAUCUAAUUGCAUCAAAGGAUACAAGAACCCAGUGUAAAAUUAUUUAAUGUCAUUACUAAGGAAAAAAUGAUAUUCCUGAAUUGCUGGAUGAUUAUAGGUACUACAUUAGACUUGUUACUUAAUUUGCAGCAAAGACAACUUACUGUAUAUUAAAAAAAUGCAUAUAAGGCUGCUGUAUACUUUAGAUGCCUUCUGCUCAGAAUUUACUCAGUGUGUAGAAGAUUUGGAUGAGAGGAUUCAAAUCCCCAAUAAGUCAUGAAGCUUGGCUAAGCUUGGGGAAGUCUCAACUUAACCAGGCAUGGGGAACCCGUAGCCUUCCAGAUGUUGCUGUGUUCCAUCUUCCAUCAACCAAUGGUCAUGUAGGAUGGGAGUUCUAGUCCAGCAGCUUCUGCAGGGCCACAGGUUCCCCAUCCCUAUAUGGAAAGCAAACAGUGAUUAAUGUUUGGGAAGGGUACUGUAGUGCUAUUCCUUCCCUGCCUGCCACUAGUAGAUACCUCUUCCUGGAGACAGUGCUUUGUGUUCCUCUGAUAUGGCAUUACAGUCACUCCUCUGCUUACUGGGAAAGCACCAUUUAGAAGUAUCCUUAUUUGUGCAGCACAACUCGGUAUGAAGCUACACUCAGGAAAGUCCAUAUGGUAUUGUGUGCCUUUUAGCAUUCAUAUCAGUAAGUAUAAGUGCUUUUAGCAAACUUAAUAGGGUGUAUGUGUGUUCUGGUUAGGAAUUCUGACUUUAAAUGACUCCUCUGCCAGUAGGCAAGGUCAUAUUAAUUGCUACUUGGCAUGCACUUUCAAAACACUGAAAAUUCUUGUUAGAGCAAUCUCUUGGUAGAAAGGAAGAAGAAUUCUGUCUUAUCAGGUAAUCAAUGAAAGAUACUUCAGACUGGUGCGAAUACUUAAAAUUAUGAAUAGUGACUUGGUUUUAAAGGCACUGCAUUGUAUUAUGAUAUAUUGAAAUAAA